GGGCCGCUCAUCGCACUUUGUGUGGAACUAUUGUGCUGAUCGACCGGUUGCUCUUUAUUCUCAGAAACAAAAAAAACCCUAAGCUAGGCGGCGGCGGCGAGCCCUUUUCUUAGCCAGAUCUCAAUACGGGAAGGCGAGUGGCGGCGGCGGGCGGCGAGCGGCGAGCCCUUUCUGCCAGAUCCCAACAAGGAAAGGCGAGCGGCCGGGGAGAAGGCGAGGCGAGGACGCCAAGUGAGAUGGAGGCGGAAGGGGAUUCCGGCAAGUCCCAAGUUCUCCCUGGCCCUGGGAACCCCGAUUCUCGUGGCACCAAGAAUCCCAGAAGGGAUCAAGCUCUGCUCAGAGAACUCAGGAAGGAGUAGAAGGAACUCAAGGACGAGGAGAGACAGCUGAUGCAGGAGAGGUUAGAUUUGUCCAGUUCGAUUAAGCAGAGUCGAGAUUUGUUGGAUAGGAUCGAGCGCAACGCACAGCGGCAACUGGUUGUUACGAAUGAAAUCAGGCGCUUGAGCGAGCAGAUGAGGGCUGUCAAAGCCCGCAGCCUGACGGAUAUUCAGGGCGUGGAGCACAAGACUGAAGAAACUGCAGCAGCCUUGAAUGGGCAUGAGGCUGCUAAUGGCGGGGAGCACAAGAUGGAAACUGACGCCUUGGAUGAGCAUGGUGAUGCAGCUAAUGGCAGGGAGCGGAUGGUGGAAACUGCCGCCUUGGAUGUCGACGGCGGUGGUGAUGAGGAGCACAUGGACUGCGACAUUUCAUCCAUGGCGGACCAGGUGCCGAGGAUCGACUCCAAAUCAGAGCCAGAGGCAGAGGCGGCGACAGGUCCAGAUACCAAUGUGACGACGAUUGAAUCAAAUCUCUCAGCAUCAGACAAGUCAAUACCCAAACCUGCAGAUCAUGUUCCCAUCAACAGAGGCGAUGAUGUUGUUGAGAAGAUGGACAGAGGCAAAUCUGCCCAACAAUUAGCCAGUGAGGCUGAGAAGAUGGCCGCCAAACAGAAGGAAUUUGCUCAGUACGCUGAUGCCUGGGAUGCUAAAUGGGGUUCGGCAGGGUUCGGUCUCUUCCAUUACAUGACGACGGUCAGUUCCAUGCAAUAUACACACUUGAUACCCGGGAGCGCCCCAAGGCAAUAUUGUCGAGCCGCGCCUAGCCUCCAGGUCGUCUCCAUCAGACUGGCAGAAAUUCAAGGUGGUCUGGAAUGGCCGUUGCCAGUGUAUGGUAUGAUUGCUGUCAGAGACCACGUGGAUCACAAUCGCAACCUUCUGUUUGCCUGCUAUAGGAGCAGGUGUCAGAUACUCAAGGAAAAGGAGCCCUUUUUGGCCUUGACUGGCCCCUCCCGUGCAAUUGUGUGCGAGGAAUCGGUUGACUUUGAAAUCCAACUGAAAGUAAGAGGUACAACAGAGUCUGAAGAUAGAGCAUUGAUCACUGGUGUGUGCACUUACAACAGAGGGGAUGAUACUGUUUGCUUUACCAACUGCUUCUGCACCGUAGAGUUUAGAUUGGAGGUACUUCAGGAAGCAGUCCAGGCCACUGUUUUGGGCGUCCGUGUCAAAGACGGGUCAUGGCCUUCUGGAUGGGGAGGCCGAGUCGCUUGCUCAGUCAUUGAUGGUGAAAUUGACAUCACAUCCGGGCAACUUGAGCUGCUUGUUUCUCGUGGAAGUGCCAUGCCCGUGACUUCUGAGGGUUACCUUCUUCUGUCAAGGAAUGUCGUUUCUGUAGAUGUUAACAGGAGCCUGAAUUUUCUCCUAGAGGCCUGCUUACCAUCUGGUGAUACCAUUGCACAAAAAGAAUUGUCCUUCGAACCCAAACUUUGCAACAUAAGUCAGGAUAGUUGUGAACUUAAGGGUAUUGAGUUGGAGAUCACUGUUGCUUGGUCUAGUCUUGUUUCUGAGAAGCGGGGUAUUUCGGUACAAGGAUGUGUUGGUGACGAGGAGCAGGACUGGGACGUUGCAUCAAUGGAGCAGCAAGUGCCGAAGAUAGACUCCAAAUUGACAUCGGAGAUGAGUCUGGAUACCAGUGAAUUGGCGAAUGAAUCGAAUACCUCCAUGUUCGUACCAGACAAGUCAAUACUUGAACCUGCAGAUUCUGUUGCCACCAACACAGGUUAUGAUGUUGAGAAGAUGGAUAGAGGCAAAUCAGACGAACAAUUAAAAAUUGAGGCCAAGGAGAUGGCUGCCGAACGGAAGCGUUUUGCCAUGUAUGUUGAUGCCUGGGAAGGGACAUGGGGGGGUUCUGAUGGGUUCGGUUGCUUCCGAGACAUGACGGCAGUGAGUUCCAUGCAAUACACACACUUGAUACCAGGGAGCACCCCGUUGCACUAUGGUCGAGUCGGGCCUAGCCUGCAGAUCUUCUCUGUCAAACUCGCAGAAAUACGAGGUGGUCUGGAAUGGCCGUUGCCAGUGUACGGCACGGUCGCUGCCCGAGACCAUGUGGAUCACAAUCGCAACCUUCUGUUUGCCCGCAACAGGAGUGAGUGCCAGAUACUCAAUGAAGAGGAUUCCUUUUUGACCUUGACUGGCCCCUCUCGUGCAAUUGUCAGCGAGGAAUCUGUUGUCCUGGAAAUCCAACUAAAAGUAAGAGGUAGAACCAAGUCUCAAGAUAAGCCACUGAUGAAUGGCGUGUGCAGUUACUACAGCAGAAGAGAAGGCCCCGUUUGCUUUAGGAACUGCUUUUGCACCCUAGAGUUAAGUUUGGAGGGACUUCAGAGAACAGUCCAGGCGACUAUUUUGGGCGUCCGUGUCAAAGAGGAGGGGUCAUGGCCUAAAGCAUUCGGAGGUCGAGUUGCUUGCUCAGUCACUGGACCUGACGCCAGUCCUCAGGAAAUUGAGCUGCUUGAUUCUCGUUAUACAGCCAUGCCGAUGACUUCUCAGGGUUACCUUGUUCUAUCAAGGAAUGUUGUCUCUGUAGACUAUCGUGGAAGCCUGAAUUUUGUCUUGGAAGCCUACUCAGAUUCCGGUAAUAAAGUUGCACAAAAAAAUGAGACCUUCGAGCCCAAGUUUUCCAACAUAAGCCAGCAAACAUGUAUACUCACUGGAGGCAUUGAGUUGGAGAUUACUGUUGCAUGGUCCAGUCUGGUUUCUGAGAAGUGGGACAUCUCGGUACAAGGAUGUGUAGUAUUAUAAUAAGAUAUAUGGUCCUUUUGAUUUGUUGUAUUUUGUGAAUUUAGUAUUUUCUGUACCAGUCCAACUAUAUUUGGUGGACUUUAAGGAUAUAUCUCGUGUGAGUUGUUGGUGUUUGUUUGGUUUUGUGAAUUUAGUAUUUUCUGUACCAGUUGCUGUGCUGUCGACUAAAGUUUUGUGAAUGUAUUUUCUGUACCAGUUAUGCUGUA